AUGGAGCCCCUCUAUCAGAGCCUCAUAAAGUUGCGACGCCACAUAUUUAACGGCGAGGAAUGGUCGACGAACAACCUCGAGCGACAAGUACUAGCAGGUACUAGCACAAAGACCGUUGGAAAUCUGAUCGCAUCCUUCAUUCCUACUGGCAAUGAUAUCUGCAUUUUGAGCGGCCAGUGGGGCCCCAAAGCCCCCACUCGCUGUAUCCGGAUAUCCGUCCCGCCCGCGGCGGCAUCUGACGAAACCCUAUCGUCUCCCUCCAGCUCGGAAGUAUAUUAUGGGCGGUAUCCAUUUCUAUCCCUCAGGCUCACGGAACGCACCAGGGCGUCUCAGUCUACGGGUGACUCUGAAUACAUGCUCCAGUCCCGAUUCAACUUCACGAAACACCUCAGCGACGCCUCUUCUUCUAGUCAUAAUCACCGUUUCUUUCCGCCCACUCUCUCGAGUUCAGUUGGAUCGCGUGAGUUUCCGGCUGGUCUGUUAUUCCCUCCUUGCCAACUAACAUUGCAACUUUCGAGCCUCCUCAAUUUCUGCAUCGCACUGAAUAUGCAGCUGGUGAUCGUCCACGGAGUCGACGGACGCAAAGCCGAGAAAUAUUACGUCCUGGGCUCGGGCAUGCUGAGCCUAUGGGACGGGCUGGUCAAGGAAUGCUGGUAUGCGAACGACAAUACGCACCAGCGACUCGUGUGGCAGAUUAGCACGCAGUUGUUGUGGACGGGCCUCACUGUCAUUGGUGAAGUCUGCUCCUCUAUGAUCCUGAUCACGUUUCUGUGGCGACACAUUUUCCGUCGCAAGCGGAUCGUGCAAUCCGUCAACUCCAUCGCUAAUCACUCCACUGUGGCCUCCACGAGUGCCGUAGGAUCUCAGGCUGCUAGGACUGCGGGAGGGAAAGGAACACCCCGCGCGGACUCGGUGUUCAGCAGGCGCGGGCGGCAGGCGGACCACGUGCGAGCGUACAAGGGGAUCGUCAUCCGUAUUGGUGAGCGUCUCCCCCACCCUGAAUGCGUGCAAGAGGUGGUGUUGAUCGGAGAAUGUGACGCAGCGUUGUACCCGCUCGUGUCGUGCAUUAUCAACUUGACGAGUAUCGUUUGUGUGAUUCAUACCACGGAUUACAACUUUCUCCUGCUCAGUACGCGCUCGUCUUUAGAUCAUGGCGACCUCCUGUAUGGGGCAAGAGGAAUUGUGUACGGCCUCCUCGCAACCACCGAUCCGGCCCUCAUCCGCGCGGUACGCUCGUUCCUCCACCGCGACUCUAAAUCAUCCAGCUACGGACCAGCCGUCGUCCGUGUCGAGCUCACGACAACCACCUUCCGCGACCCACCGCAGCCUGACGAACUCGAGUUCGAGGCACAAUCCCCUUCAGAAGAGGUGGGCAGCCUAAGUAUGGGGUACAAGUACCCACCGCAGGUGGGCAUGGGGUCUGGGUCAAAGUCGCCAGCGCUGGGGGACAGAAGGAGGUUUUCUGAGGCGAUGGGAGAAUCAAGGGAGGGGGACACGGACUUGGAGGCAGGUGGAGUGGGGGAGACAUCUUUGGAUUUGGAGCGGGAGGCGUUCCAGAAGCAGAUAUGA